AUGAUUCCGCCGCUGUUGCUGCUGCUGUUGCUGCUACUAUUGCUGCUACUGCUGCUGCUGCUGCUGCUGUUCCUGUUGCUGACCAGCCGAUCGACGAUGAAUCGACUCGCCGACGACGUCGACGUCGACGGUGCCCGGGUGUCACACGCGGGCGGCUCGUCGCUGGGGACGACGCCGACCUCUCUGGAACCUCGGAAUGCGCGAUCGUAUAUAUAUCCGACGAUAAUACGACUCGUGCGGGAUUCGCGCGGGCUUCCGCCGGGUUUCACUCGGAGGCUGGCCAUCGAUCUGCGGUUUCAUCCCCGCAGGAAAACGCAGAAACCGGACCGAGCCGUACUAUUUAGGGUGGCGCGAGCCGCGAGACAGAAUCCGUCGCCUCAUCUCGCUGUCCUCCGCUACGGCGCGCUUCAGAUUGGAGGCACGAGCUACGAGCUGCAGCUUGAUCCUAAGCCGGUCAACUGGAAACUUGUAAGUGAAAAAGGAACCGACAAAACAAACGGAAGAGGGAAGACUUCGGCUCUCGUACGAUAUAGUCAAAUCGGCACUGACUCAGAUAAAAGAAUACAUUCGGACAACAUCAUGCGACCAGGUAAUAAAUACCAUAAGAUCUCCUUAUAAUAUAACUAUUUGACCUUCGUACUUUUGGCAA